AUGGCACCUCGAAUCAAGGAUGGAGAUGCCGUGGUGACCAUUAACGGCAAAUGGGUGUCAUGGACUCACACGGUCUUUGCAUAUGCCGCCUUUUUCAGCGCCCUGAUUGUCGGCGUCGCGCUGCAUUAUCAUAAGAUCGUUCAGAAUGAACACUACGGCUACCCCGACGAAUGGUUCCCCUCCGUGUCCGCCACCAUUGGCGAUCGCUACCCCGAGCGCUCCUUUUUCAUGGUCUUCAUCGCUAUCACAUCCGGUCCGCGCUUCCUUCUCGUUUUCCUGUGGUACAUCCUCAGUGCGCGUCCGAACUACACUCUGCCUAAGAUCGUUGCCGGUGUUGGUAUCUUCCGCACUCUGACCUGUGGAGGUUGGACCUAUGUCACCUCCACAGACGACCACGAUUGGCACGAUAUCUUCAUGAUCUCUUAUUUGGUGGCCACCCUGCCGUGGACUCUGGGUUGCCUGGCUUUGAGCCCCAACAACCGCCGUGCCGUCAAGUAUCGCAAGAUCAUGGCCAGCCUUUUCUUUGGAACCUUGGUGCCAUUGAUCUACUAUUUCAUCCAGCACAAGGUGCACAAGGUGCCCGGUGCCUACACCCGUUACGCCUUCUUUGAGUGGUCCCUGGUCUUGUUCGAUGUGGGCUUCGACGCCAUCACUGCUCUCGACUUUGAGGGCUUUGAAUUUGUGGUGCGAGAUGUUAAGGGUAUCAGCAGAGGGCAGUUGAAGACGACUGCGGACUCAGUCCUUGAAAAAGAGAAGGGCAAGGCCGUGGGCAACACCUUCGGCGAGGGCUUCUUCUGGACUGAGAUCAUCGACGCCGCUGCCGAUGUGUACAAUGGAUUCGUCUUCUGGACCAUUGUCACCGGUCUUCCCGUUCUCGUGUGGUAUUUCCCUCUGUGGCACAUGGGUAUCUCCGGCUACGAGGUUGCCAUUGUCUGCUGCUGCUCGCCUCUGUUCUUCGCCAUCCCGUCCCUGCGAUACGCCGCCACUAGGAAUCUGCGCAUUCUGCACUUGAUCUCGCUGGUUGGUCUUCUUGCCUACAAAUUCCAGGAUCCCGCCAAUCGACUCUUUGUGACUGGAUUUGCUCUUGCGACAUCUUGCGCCGCCUGGACCGCCAGCUUCUUCGCCGAGCGCGCCAACUCGCCCCGCCUUGAGACUCGCAUCAUGGCCUGGGGUAUCGGUUUGAUCAUGUCCGUGGUCGCGAAGUUUGCUUGCUCCACGAACAACCCGCUCUGGCCGGUCAUGCAUGCCGAGAACGGUGGUUGGAAUAAAACUGGCCUGUUCAUUGCCAUCUUCGCUGUCCUGCGGUCACAGCGUACCUCCAACACCAGCGGAGGAGAUUUCUUGCCGUCUGGUGGCAAGAAGGGUUCAUCCGUUCUGGCGGGUAUUGGAUUUGGUGGUCUUAUGUUCGCCAUCGUGUCUCUUUUGACCGACUCUAGCACCAUGAUCUCCUGGGUUUGGGAUGGAUAUCCGAUCCGUGGCCCCAUUGCUGUGCCUCACGGUGCUGUGACCAUCCUCGCUAUGGGUGCGGGUCUGGUUUACGGUGUGUUCUACCCCGCUGUGGCCGGAAGCUGGACUGCCUACGGCAUCGGCUCCAUUGGUGCGGCUCUCCUUACCUGCUUCCACCACUGGACAGGUUAUUACGGUGCUCUCGCUCUGGCCUUCUACGUGAUGGCCAUUUCACCUGUCUUGAUCUCAUCUAGCGUUCGUCACUCUCCUGCCACUACAUUUGGCAUUGGCUUCAUCUUCUAUGUUUUCAUGCUGCUCUUCCACGUCUGGGUCGUCGCCUAUGCGUUCGUUCCUGGCGCUGGUGUGUUCUCGGCCGCCACCUCCAACUCAUCCACUCGCUCCCGCAAGAAGCCCCUCAGCCCUAACAGCAAGAGACAGCGUUCAUAUUACAUUUACGUUCUUGCUGCAUUGCAAUUGCUAUCCAUCUCGGUGGCCUAUCUGCGCUUCCCUACCAACGAUUACCAGCCCCACCAUAAGGAGGACAAGGUUCUCACCGCUGGUAUCUGGACAGUGCACUUCGGUCUCGACAACGAUAUGUGGGCUGCUGAGCGACGUAUGCGCGAUGUUCUUGGUGAGCUGGAGCUCGAUGUCAUUGGUUUCCUUGAGUCAGAUAAUCAGCGCAUCAUCAUGGGCAACAAGGAUGUCACCCAAUACAUUGCCGAGGACCUUGGCUACUACGUCGACUUCGGCCCGUUCCCCAUCGUGAACUCCACCCACCACCUCCUUCCCUCGCCCGUUGGCGAGUUGGCCCCGGCCAUUCAUGCGACUCUUGAUAUGUAUGGCGAGAUGGUCGACAUUUUCGUCUUCCACUCCGGUCAGGAAGAGGACCCCGAGGACCGCCGUCUUCAGUCCCAGUACCUGUCCAAGUUGAUGGGGUCUUCGCCUCGUCCGUCCAUUCUGUUGAGUUACUUGGUCACGAAGCCGCUCGAGGGCAACUACAACACCUAUGUCAGCGAGGUGAGUGGUAUGAAGGAUAUCGAUUCCAGCGAUUGGGACAGAUGGUGCGAGUACAUUCUCUACAAAAAUGUUCACCGCACUGGGUACGCCAGAAUCAGCCGUGACACCAUCACCGACACUGAGAUUCAGGUUGGCAAGUUCGUCAUCGGCGAACCAGAACCCGAGCAGCAGGUUCGCAUCCCCGAGGAACUUGUCCCCGAAGGCCGUCGCUUCCCCGCCCUGUUCCGUGGCGAGGGUGUCCGAGGCCACCGCUACCAUGUCUUCGACGAGCCCCGAUACUGGCAAUAA